AUGAAUAGGCUCAGCAAGAAAAUUGUCAUUGCCACAUCAAUUUCGAAUAUCUUUUAUCGGAAAGGACUCCAAAUUAAUCCUUUGUCACCCAAUUUCAUCUCAUCUAUCAGAAGAUUUAAUAUGAAGACAGAUCAAGAAUGGAGAGCGAUCUUAUCGCCCGAACAAUUCAGAGUCCUUAGACAACUGGGCACUGAGGCUCCAUUCACUGGAGAGUACGUGAGUACACCCGCACAAGAAGGAUUCUACGAGUGUGUUGGUUGCAGCCAACCUCUUUACAAAGCAGAUACCAAAUUCCCUGCUCAUUGUGGAUGGCCGGCCUUUUACGAGGCCAUUCCGGGAGCACUCAAAGUGAUCGAGGAUAGGCUGCUUGGCAUGGUCAGAACUGAGAUGAGAUGCUCUAAAUGUGACGGCCAUUUGGGCCAUAUCUUCAAGGGAGAGGGCUAUAACAAUCCUACCGAUGAACGCCAUUGUGUGAACAGUGUGUGCAUUAAGCUUAACAAAUAG